CUAAUUCGGUCAGUACUCAGUAAUCGGAUCGACAACGCCCCGCCCCCACCGCCCACCAUCAAUCAUCAUCCAUCACCCAUCCAUAGCUAUCUAUCACACUCAAACCUCCACCAUCAUCAUCACCCUCACACAUCACAACAACACAGACAACCAUCACAAGUCCGCAAACAACGAUGCCAACCACGUCCGCUCACGCCCACCCUCGGCUCGUCAUCGAACCGUCGCCAUGACUCGCGGCGGCGGCGGCGGCGGCGGCGCAUCGUCGCCCCUUCCCCCCUCCCCCUUCCUGCUCCCUCCCGCGACGCCGUCCGAGCUCCUCACGCACACGCUCGCACACCUGAGGCACCCAACCACACUCAUCGUUUGCUGGCCCAAGGAGCAGUUUGUCGAGGCGCUCGUGCAGGACGUUCGCCAGCAGCAACAGCAGCAGCUGGAGCAGGAACAAGAAGAGCAACGGCCACACGUAGCACCGCGUGGCGACGACACAGCAGAUGAGAAUGGAGAAGGGGGCGCGGGCGCGAGCGCGAGCACGGCAGUCGAUGCUCAAGGGGGGUCCGGUACCGCCGAGAGCCAGCAGCGGCCCGCGAUACCAGCCCAACAACUCCUCUCCGCGACCCUCCUGCAGGUCUCCAUCUCGCGCCACAUCCGCAUGCUCUUCGUCCCGAGCGUCGUCCACCUGCGCGCCCACCUUGCCGCUUCCUCCUUCUCUGGCACCAUCUCGUCAUCUUCUACCCCUCCUCCUCCACCGGCGGGACACCCGCCGCCACAGUCCGACAUCAUGGCCCCGCCAGCAGGGGAUGGCAAAGGCGGCGACGGCGACGACGCCUGUCCCCGCAACAGGAGGCCGACAACAAGGCAGCACCACCGCCAACAACAACACCGACCUCUGCUCCUCGUCUACGGCCUCUUGGAGCUGCAUCGCGACGGCACCGAAUGGUCCGCCCGAGGGCUCAACGCCUCGCUCGCGGAGCUCGUCGAGUGCGCCGCUCGCUGUGGUGGGCUGGUGCCCGUGCUCGUGGAGCCAAGGCGCAUGGAACGCGACAAAGGCGCUGACUUUGGGGGCCAGCAUCAUCACGAUGGAGGGGCCAGCAGCUGCAGCAGCCCCGAGCUGCUGGCCGCCUUGGCAGAGCCGGUGCCCAUCUUGAGCGGUGCGGAGCGCCGGCGCGACGGUUCGUGGCGUGGCAAGACGGUGCCCAUCAGGAGGGUCCUCGCGCGGUGGUUUGACGUGCCGCCGCCGGCUGGUGGGUGAAAAAGCUGUAGAGAAACUCAAGAUACGAGAAAGCAGUACCG